AUGAUCAACUUAGAAGAUAGAGAUGCUGAUGCUAUAUGGAUGUUCGUCCUUGGUGUCUUGUUGUUCUUAAGACGUCUGCCAGAAUCAGAAUGGACCACCGAAUAUAGUCAGGGAAGCUCAGAUGCCAAGACGACCCGAUCACGUGCAACCCAGCCCAUGCCAGACUUCUUCUGCAGAUUCGUCGCGACCUCAAGCAACCCAACCACUUCAAUUCGCAUCAACGUUUGGCCGAACUCCAUCAAUCCCGUGCUCUCGCAUCGAUCAUCCGCCAAAAUAAUAUAUCAAUCGAAUCGAAGAUCCGGACCGCGCGCGCAACGCUGCUUGCGCAGUGCCGGCUGGCACCCGCUUUGGAGGAGAAAGGGAUUGGGACGGGAGAGGGAGCUGAAGGUUGGAUCACAACCACAAUCGCGUGUGGCUGCAGGCGCGACAAGUCCCAGUAAGUGA